CUUCAGUUCAGCAAAGGACAGCUGAGUGCUGAGUCAGUGCCAGUGCAGUUUUAAAUUUCUUUUCGUUCUUCGUUGUUCCCAAGCUUCAAGUCUAAGAACGAGACACGUGUCGUUUGAUCCAAAGUAUUUUAUAAAAUAAAAUAAAUCAUGAGUGAUAACAAAAGUGAAGAUUUAGCAACAGCUAUUUUAAAAAAGAAGAGCAAGCCCAAUAGGUUACUAGUCGAUGAAGCCGUCACGGAUGAUAAUUCCGUGGUUGCUUUGUCCGAUGCCAAAAUGGCGGAGUUGCAAUUAUUCAGGGGUGAUACAGUUUUACUUAAAGGUAAAAGACGCAAGCAGACAGUCUGCAUCGUUUUGUCUGAUGACUCAUGUCCAGAUGAUAAAAUUCGAAUGAACCGGGUGGUACGAAAUAAUUUACGUGUCCGUUUAAGUGACGUCGUUUCAGUCCAACCAUGCCCGGAUAUUAAAUAUGGGCAGAGAAUCCACGUUUUGCCAAUUGAUGAUACCGUCGAAGGACUCACUGGUAAUCUAUUUGAAGUGGCUUUGAAACCGUAUUUUGUCGAGGCCUAUCGUCCUGUUCACAAGGAUGACAUCUUUGUCGUCAGAAGUGCAAUGCGUGCUGUGGAAUUCAAAGUCGUUGAAACUGAUCCCAGUCCUUACUGUAUAGUUGCGCCUGAAACUGUUAUCCACUGCGAGGGUGACCCAAUUAAACGUGAGGAAGAAGAAGCUGUUUUUAAUGCCGUAGGGUAUGAUGAUAUCGGUGGUGUCCGCAAGCAACUCGCGCAAAUAAAAGAAAUGAUUGAGUUACCACUUCGUCAUCCUUCGCUAUUCAAAGCCAUUGGAGUUAAACCACCACGUGGUAUUUUACUGUACGGUCCACCAGGUACUGGAAAAACACUUAUUGCUCGUGCUGUUGCUAAUGAAACUGGUGCAUUCUUUUUCCUUAUCAACGGCCCGGAAAUAAUGAGCAAACUCGCUGGAGAAUCUGAAAGUAAUUUGCGUAAAGCGUUCGAAGAAGCUGAGAAAAAUUCACCUGCUAUUAUUUUCAUUGAUGAAAUAGACGCCAUUGCGCCUAAACGUGAGAAAGCUCAAGGAGAAGUUGAGAAACGGAUUGUUUCACAAUUGCUGACACUGAUGGACGGUAUGAAGAAGACAUCUGAUGUUAUUGUGAUGGCCGCGACCAAUCGCCCCAAUAGCAUUGACGGAGCAUUACGUCGCUUCGGACGUUUCGACAGAGAAAUAGACAUCGGUAUUCCUGAUGCCAUCGGACGUCUAGAAAUUUUGCGAAUUCACACCAAGAAUAUGAAACUCGCUGAUGAUGUUGAAUUGGAACAGAUCGCUGCUGAAACCCAUGGCCACGUAGGCGCUGACAUGGCUUCUUUGUGUUCCGAGGCUGCAUUGCAGCAGAUCCGUGAAAAAAUGGAUUUGAUUGACUUGGACGAUGAGCAGAUUGAUGCUGAGGUGCUGAGUUCACUUGCAGUCACGAUGGAGAACUUCAGAUAUGCUUUGUCUAAGAGUACUCCAAGUGCUUUGCGCGAAACUACUGUUGAAGUUCCUAACGUCACAUGGGAGGACGUCGGAGGUCUGCAGAAUGUUAAAAAAGAGUUACAGGAACUGGUACAGUACCCUGUUGAGCAUCCGGAAAAAUUUUUGAAGUUUGGCAUGCAGCCAUCGAGAGGAGUUUUGUUUUACGGUCCACCUGGAUGUGGUAAAACUUUGCUGGCUAAAGCUAUUGCUAAUGAAUGUCAAGCGAAUUUUAUUUCCGUCAAGGGACCGGAAUUGCUGACCAUGUGGUUCGGAGAGUCUGAAGCCAAUGUACGAGAUGUCUUUGACAAAGCCAGGUCAGCUGCACCCUGUGUUCUGUUUUUCGAUGAACUGGAUUCAAUUGCCGCAUCUAGGGGUGGAUCAGGCGGUGAUGGAGGUGGUGCUGCGGACCGUAUAAUCAAUCAGGUUCUCACUGAAAUGGAUGGAAUGGGAGCUAAGAAAAAUGUGUUCAUCAUCGGUGCUACAAAUCGUCCAGAUAUAAUUGAUCCUGCUGUGCUUCGACCAGGGCGCCUUGAUCAACUUAUCUACAUACCGCUUCCUGAUGAAAAAUCCCGAGAAGCUAUUUUCAAAGCCAACUUACGAAAAUCUCCAGUAGCUAAUGAUGUUGACUUGACGCUCCUCGCUAAAGUAACCCAAGGUUUCUCCGGUGCUGAUUUGACUGAAAUUUGUCAGCGUGCUUGUAAAUUAGCCAUCAGACAAUGCAUUGAAGCCGACAUGCGCAGAGAAAGAGAACGAGCGGAAAACCCUACAGCUGCUGAGGAUAUGGAACAAGAUCUAGAUGAUCCUGUACCGGAAAUCACUCGGGCUCACUUUGAAGAAGCCAUGAAAUUCGCUCGUCGUUCUGUAUCCGACAACGACAUCAGAAAAUACGAAGGCUUCUCACAAACUCUCCAGCAAUCUCGCGGCUUUGGUACUAAUUUCAGAUUCCCUCAAAGUACCACCGGAAGUCCUCAAGACACUUCACAAAGAGAUCAAGGUUUCCAAGAUGACGCUGAUGAGGAUCUCUAUAAUUAAAUGUUUCUUACAAAUUCAAAAAAGUUAAAAAUAAAUAAAUUAAGUAAUUACUCUCUUUCUUUUUCAAUAAAAAUUUUUCUAUAAUAAGUAAAUAAUUUUUGUAAUCAAUGAUUAUGAAUUUUUAAAAUUAAUAAUACAAUUAUAUUGAUAAUAUUACAAAAAAAAUGAUGAACAAUAAUUAAGUUUUUCUAUCUCAAUAGUAUAAUAAUUUAUAAUGAU